UUUAUUUGUUCUUCUUACUACCUCUUUCUGAAAUGUUGCAGAUUCUUUAGAAGAUACAGGUAACCAAGGAAUAAUGGCGGUUAAUCUAACGGAUCCAAGUGACGAAGAAGAAUGUAAACUGGCAGAGGCCGCACUAGCAUGUUAUCAGUCAGGACAGCUUACUCCACUUAUCAAGGAAGAACUCAAGUACAAAAUUCAAGCUAAACGGAUGGAACAAGGCAAGGGAGAACUCCAUGUCCAAUUUACAGCCCCAAAUUCAUUUGAGCUGACGAAAGAGGAGGCACUUAAGUCAGAAAGGAGGCGACAACAAAACCGUGUGGCGGCAAGAAAGUUUCGCAAAAGACAACUAAAAUUUGCAGUUAACCUUGAUGAGAUGCUGCAGACGUUGGAAGCCGAAAACAGUCGUCUUCACGCGGAGGUUGGAAGACUUAGCAUGGAAAAGAACUUUUGGCAAGAGAAACUCAAUAAAUUCCUACUUAGUACAAUAGAUGGACAUCUAGAAUCUUGA